GGCUCCCGGCUCAGGUACGCGCUGGGGCCGCGGCGGGCGCGGGGCCGGAGCGGCGCCGGAGGCAGCGCGGUUGGAGGAGGAAUGGGCUCCAAAGCCAAGGCCAUUGCUGGUCUCCUGGCAGCCACCUGUGUGUGCAGUGUCAUCGCCCUCAUCCUGAGCGUCGUGGAUGUGAAGGAUGUGCUUCUUCCCCCCAGCACCAAGUACGGUCUGGUGUUUGAUGCUGGCUCCACACACACCUCCCUCUACAUCUACCGGUGGCCGGCGGACAAGGAGAACGGCACCGGCAUCGUGUCCCAGGUGGAGGCCUGCUCUGUGUCCGGACCCGGCAUCUCCAGCUACGCCGACGACCCCGCGGGGGCUGGCGCCAGCCUGAAGCCUUGCCUGGACAGGGCCAUGCGGAUCAUCCCGGCCGAGCAGCAGCGGGAGACGCCCACGUACCUGGGGGCCACGGCCGGCAUGCGGCUGCUGAGGGAGGAGAACAGCAGCAAGGCCCAGCAGGUCUUGGCCGAGGUGUCCAAGGCCAUCGGGCAGUACCCCGUGGAUUUCCGCGGCGCUCGGAUCCUGACGGGCAGCGAGGAGGGCUCCUUUGGCUGGAUCACUGUCAACUACCUGCUGCAGACGCUGGUCAAGUUCUCGUUUGCAGAGAAAUGGGAACAUCCCCAGGACACCGAGGUUCUGGGAGCUCUGGACCUUGGCGGUGCCUCGACGCAGAUCACCUUCCAGCCCGGGGUGCCUGUGCAGGACAGCAACACGUCCGUGUUCUUCCGGCUCUACGGCACCAACUACUCCCUGUACAGCCACAGCUACCUGUGCUACGGGCAGAGCCAGGCCCUCAAGAUGCUGCUGGCAGCUCUGCACCAGGCCAGCUCGGGAGCUGAGAUCUCCCACCCCUGCUACCCCCGUGGGUACCAGGAGAACCUCACCGUGGCAGAGCUCUACGACAGCCCCUGUGUGCAGGCGCCAAGCUCAGCCAGCCCCGGCCUUGUCCUCAGGGUGACGGGGACAGGGGACCCGGCCGCGUGUGGCACGGCCGUGCAGAGACUCUUCGACUUCAGCUGCGGGGCGCAGGGGCCGUGCGGGUUCAACGGCGUGUACCAGCCCCCCGUGCGGGGACAGUUCCUCGCCUUCGCUGGGUUCUACUACACCUUCAACUUCCUGAACCUGACCCGCCAGCAGUCUCUGAGGGAAGUCAACACCACAGUCCUGUCCUUCUGCAGGAGGAACUGGACAGAGCUGGUGCAGAGCUUCCCGCAGGAUUUGAAGUACCUGCACACCUACUGCUCCGUGGCCAAUUACAUCCUGACGCUGCUGCUCGAUGGCUACAAGUUCAAUGAGCACACCUGGAGCAACAUCCUCUUCAGCAGGCAGGCAGCAAACACAGACAUCGGGUGGACACUGGGCUUCAUGCUGAACUUCACCAACAUGAUCCCUGCUGAGGCUCUGCUGCACGUCAAGGGCCACCAGCCCGGCCUGUGGGCAGGGGCUGUCUCCUUCCUCGUGCUGGCCAUCGUGGCAGGCCUGGUGGCUGCUUUCUUACAAUGUUUCUGGAAAACAAAGUAGCUCCCAGCCUCCUGACUAGAGGCAUCCUGCCCACUAAACCAGGCAGGGAAGUGGUGCAGAAGAGGUGGAAAGUGGAAAAGAAUGAAGGCAUUAGACCCAUCUCCAUUGCUCAGGAGAUCUGACUGGGUCAUCUCUGUGAAUGUGGUGUCAAAGGUGUCUUGAUCUCUCUCCAAAAGAAAGAUUCCUUUAAUCUGACUGCCAAAAUCUGAUUGAGAUUU